UCUUGAACACUUUGUUGACCUGGGUAGGGUAAGGUAAAGUAAGGUCUCUCCCCUUGGUCCCUUACCUGGGCUCUCUCGAUACCUUGUUUCCUUAGCCGAGCCGUGCUGUGCUUGGUGCCUGAUCCUGCGGUCUUUCCGGCCCAAAUUUCCAUAUACUCCAUACAAAUAGGAUUUUCCAGCCAGCAACUCUGUUUUUUGAGGAAACUGGUGGCUGUUCAUUUGUUCAUUUAUUCAAACCCUGGAAUUACGAAGCCUUAUUCCAGACGCCAAGUUACACUGAUAGAUUUUGCUGAAAUGUGUAUUAUUGACUGAAGACUAGCAUUCAAAUGUCAGUUUGUCAAGUCUGCCGAUAAAAUGACGGAAUUUAAUUCAAGGAAAUGUUUGGUAUUGGACAAAAUCUAUCUCUAGGUUGGACCUUUGGUGAGCAAGUUUAUAUUGUCUGUAUAAGUUUAUUCAGGCACGGAGCUUUUCACUUAAUAAAUCCACCACGGGGUUUUAUGUACUAUUUUGAAGUUUGAAUCGGAAUUUGGCUUUUUGUUUUGUUUGACAAGUGACCAUUUUCUAUAUUCAGUCUUGUGUGCACAAGUUAUUGAAGGAAAGAAAGAGGAGCAACAUGGGAGAGCCAAAGCAGGAUGAUGAUGCAAUGCUUAUUGAAUUUUUAUCAUCACUUAUGGAUUACACUCCAACAAUCCCAGAUGAAUUGGCAGAGCACUACCUGACUAGGAGUGGCUUUCAGUGCCCAGAUUUAAGAAUAACUAGGCUGGUGUCAGUUGCCACACAGAAAUUCAUUGCAGAGAUUGCAAGUGAUGCUUUCCAACUUUGCAAAGCCAGGCAGGCAGGUGUAUCAAAGGAAAAACGAGACAAGCAACAAAAGGAUAAACGCCUUGUUUUGACAACUGAAGAUCUUUCAAUGGCAUUGCGAGAGUAUGGAGUCAACAUGAAGCAUCAAGAGUAUUUUGCUGACAGUACUUCUGCUGGCACAACUCCUACUUCAAAGGAGGAAUGUUAGUUCUUGUCAGGAUCCACACACCAUUCUUAUGAUGCUGGUCUAAUAGCAUUUAAAAUUUAAUUGGCUAGUUUUUGGUGCAUAAGCAUCACAUUUAAAGGGAAGUUUAACUUGGAUCAGAUUUGUUCAUGCAUAUAUCUUUGAGAAAAGAUUAGCAGCAUGGAUAAUCUGGCAAGAAGUCAAAGCCUUAAAUGGCAUGGAGAGUGAAAAUACUUGCUUUCCUCUUGGCUAUGUUUUUGGUUAAUUAUGAUUUGUGAUACUGUGUUGAGAUAUAAUAUUUGGAGCUAUUCUUUUCUGAUCA